ACGAUGCUUUUAUUUUGAACCACAGAACCGGAAGUCCGAUGUUUCACAACGGCUGCUUGACGCCGCUCAGCCUUCACACCAGUCGGCAGAGGAAUGCAGCUCUCGUAGCCGAGCUGAACGUGAAUCUGGAGGCAUCGCUCCCGUCCCGUCGCACCAUGGCUGGCUUCAGGCAAGAGGAUGUCGAGUUGCAUUAUGAGAUGGGAGAGGAGCUGGGCAGCGGACAGUUUGCAAUUGUUCGCAAGUGCAAGGAGAAGAGCACGGCCAUCGAGUACGCUGCCAAGUUCAUCAAGAAGCGGAGGCUGUCGUCCAGCCGGCGGGGGGUGAGCCGCGAGGAGAUUGAGCGGGAGGUCAAUAUCCUACGGGAGAUCCAGCACAGCAACAUCAUCACCCUGCACGACAUCUACGAGAACAAGACGGACGUGAUCCUGAUCCUGGAGCUGGUGUCUGGGGGAGAGCUGUUCGACUUCCUGGCCGAGAAGGAGUCUCUGACGGAGGAGGAGGCUACCCAGUUCCUCAAACAGAUUCUGGACGGCGUUCAGUAUCUUCACUCCAAGCGAAUCGCUCACUUUGACCUCAAGCCCGAGAACAUCAUGCUGCUGGACAAGAAUGUCCCCAACCCCAGGAUCAAACUGAUCGACUUCGGGAUCGCUCAUCAGAUCAAAGCAGGAAACGAGUUCAAGAACAUUUUUGGAACACCAGAGUUUGUUGCGCCAGAAAUAGUCAACUAUGAGCCACUUGGACUGGAGGCGGACAUGUGGAGCAUCGGAGUGAUCACGUACAUCCUGUUGAGUGGAGCGUCGCCGUUUCUGGGCGAGACCAAGCAAGAGACCCUGACCAACAUCUCAGGGGUCAACUACGACUUCGACGAGGAGUAUUUCAGCAACACCAGCGAGCUGGCCAAAGACUUCAUACGCCGCCUGUUAGUCAAGGAUCCAAAGAAGAGAAUGACAAUUGAUGACAGUCUCGAACACCCCUGGAUUAAGGUGAUUAAGAGGCGGAACGUGCGUCCGGAGGAGAGGGACCACAAGCCCGAGCGCCGGCGCCUGAAGACCACUCGUCUGAAGGAGUACACCAUCAAGUCCCACUCCAGCAUGCCGCCAAACAACACCUAUGUCAACUUUGAGCGCUUCUCCCAGGUGCUGGAGGAGAUUGCGGCAGCGGAGGAGGGCCUCAGAGACCUGGAGCGCAACCAGCGCUCGUGCCAGGAGGACGUGGCAGCGCUGCUGUCCAUCUACGAGGAGAAAGAGGGCUGGUACAAGGAGGAGAACCAGAGCAUCUCCAGCGACCUGAGCCACAUCCGCCAGGAGCUGCAGCGCUCCCAGUCGCAGCGCAAGAAGUGCCAGGAGGACACCCGUGUCACCAUGCAGACCGCCAACAUCCUGAAGCGCAAGUUUGGCCGCCUGGAGAACCGCUACGAGGUCCUAGCUGAGCAGGUGGCCUCAGAGGUCCGCUGGGUGGAAGAGCUGGUCAAGUCCAUAUCUGCGGAGAAGGACGGGCUCAGCUCCGUCAGCUUGGCCUGAGCUGGGCUGAGCUGGUGUCCCGACAAUGACGUUUUUAUUCUCAAGCAUCCUCCUGCCCGUCGUCUUCUCGGGUCAGUCGUCACCAUAAGCUACGCUGCUGCUUCCCGUCAGGAAAGAUGUUCCACCUCCUUUAUGUGUCACGCUUGAGAAAAACCAGCAAGAAGCAGACAGGCAGUAAACUGAACCCAUUCCCACACGAAGAGGCUCAUUCCUGUGUUUUAUUAAUAUUAUAAUUUAUUAUUUGGGGGGUUUCAUGUACUGUAAUUCCGCUGUCUUGCAUUACAGUUAACAGAAUCAUUUUGCAAACUACCGUUGCUUUUUCUGCCUUUGUUGGUUUUGCUUAUGCAGAAGGCUUUUUUUUUCUUUUGUUUAUUACCCCUCGUUAUCAUUCUAGAAACUAAAUUACACCUGAAUUUUCUCCAGCUUUAUAAAUCAUAGACACAUGCUUAUUUGUCAUGUGAGAAAGCUUCACAACAUUCAGCUGAUAUAGUGUCAAGUCUGCACAGAAUUCAGGGGUAUUUAUUUAUCCGGUUACAUACAUUUCAGAUUUGAAUUGCAGCUGAUAUUAAAUUUCUCUUGUGUGUCGGGACAGAGUGUCGACUGUAAAAAAAUGCAAUAAACAUAACGUCUUAGGGCAGUGCUUUGUUUUACAGGUCCCGUUAUUUAUGAAUUUCUUAAAAAGUUUCCUGGAAACUAACGCGCAGUGUGGUAAUAAUUAUCGAGAAUGUCAUGUCAUGUGUUAACAUGAAAUGUUUUGCUCUAUUUAAACCUCUUUAUUAAUCAUUCCUUUAUUGUUGGUAACGUUAUCCUUUUUAUAUUCGCGUAAUUGUGUUUGUUUGCAGACACGUUUUAUUUUUAUUUAGUCUAUUUCACCUGUAAUUAUUACCAGACUACAUGGUUACUUCCUGGAAACCCUUUGAGGAAAUUAUCCGAGAAUGAAUCAGAACUCGCGGACCUGUAAAAUGAAGCGUUACCAGAUUUGAGAAUGUACCAACUCCUCUUAGCGGUGCCUGUAAAACUUAUCGACCUCAUUGCUUCUAGCGAGCUCUCAUCCGUGGCUGAGUUAAUGACAUUUCUAUCACGUUGAUAUCGCUCAAUGUCUUAAAUGCAACGACUUUUUGCACAGUAGCCUUGUAAACCAAAUAGUGUGCAUGGAAAUUUUAAACUCUCUGUAAACUGUAUGUUAGUUUUUUUUCUUACUGUUUUCCAUUCAGGUCCCAUCCCUGCACACUUUUGAAACAUUCCAGCGAUAAGUUUCACAUCCAGACAACACAUUCCCCAGUGUGUGUAUAGCAUAGAUAGAACGUAUAUGAUAUAGUCCAUAGUAUUUUUUGUAGAGAACUGUACUCCUUUGCACUUAAAAUAAUUAUAGCAAUGUUCCAAAAAUAUAUAUUUUAAUCUGUCUCCAAGGCGUGAAAAUUAAAUGUCACAGUUUGUGUCAAAUAAAAAAAAAGCUAUAACUGUAA